UUUUAGCUCUAGAAUGAUUAUUGGAUUAAUAUUACUCCAUUUAUUUACUUUAAUUUUUUGGAAUUUUGUAUGGAAACGAAGAAAAAUGCCACCGGGCCCAGCACCUCUCCCUUUCCUAGGAAAUUUAAAUGAAUUUUCUGCCUUAGCAGCCGUAGAUGGAAUUGGAUACAAAGCUAUGGAGCAUUAUAAAAAUAUUUACGGGCCUGUAUAUACUUUGUGGAUGGGGGAAGACCCAUACGUAAUUAUUUCUGAUUAUGAAUUAAUUAGACAAGUCUUCCUACGCCAAGCAGAACCUGCUGGGGGUCGUUAUUUCUUUAAAGUUGCAAAGAUUUUGAGCGCAACUCGAGGGGAAAAUCAUGGUAUGACCAGAACUAACGGAGAUGAAUGGCGUUUUCUUCGUCGUAGCUCUUUAAAUAUUCUUAGAGACUUGGGAAUGGGGAGAAGUAAAUUAGAUGAAUUAAUGAAACCAGAAUUUCGUAAAUUAUCUGCCAAAAUUAGAACAGAAAAAUCAAAUGGAGUAAAAGCCCAUGAUUUGUCUAAAUUAAUAAUUGAAUUGAAUGGGUCUGCUAUUGAAUUACUUUUAUUUGGUCAUCCCAUUGAAGAAGAAAAAAUGGAAAAUUUUACAAAAUUAUAUGAUGAUUUAAAGACUUUUAUAACUUUAGUUCCUUGGAAAACAACACAAAUGUGGGCCUCCAUGUGGUGGCUUCGCCAUUUUCCUCCAUUUUCUUUCGGGUUUCAAUUAGUUGAUAGAAUAGUAACGGAUUUAUUUAAAAAUGUUGAUGAGGAGAUUUUAUUAAAAUUAAAUGAAAGGGAACAAAAAAUAAAUAAAAAUAAUAAUUAUUAUUGUUUUGUGGAUGCUUUUUUGGAUGAUAUUGAAAAAUUUGAAAAUGAAGAUAAAAAUAUAGAGAUACCUUUAAAACAACAUAAAUAUUUUAAUGAUGAAGCACUUAGAAAUUUGUGUUUUGAUCUUUAUAUUGCUUCUAAUGUAGGGUUUUAUUUUAAUUAUUAA